GCCUCAUGCAGCAGGCCACCGCCAACAGCGACACACUACAACUACAAGCAGCAACGCACCACGGCGACACUAGUAUUCGCCCCGACAACCAUCUUGCCGAGACGGCGACCACGACCUCGCCCGAUCCAGACCAGGCCAGCGUCGUCCACCAGCAACCUCCAGAUCAGUGACGACACACGUCCUGACCACAGUUCUCCACCCCGUCUCUGAGCAAUCACAACUCCUCCCUGUGGAUGUGGGCGACGGUUCGCUAGCCUCCCUCCGAGAGGGCUCCGGCCGCCAUGCUCUCCGCCUUUACUGCGCGGCCCAUCGUCGAGCUGCGCCAGCGCGACAAGUCAAAGAUCGAGACCAUCCUCGCCCAUGGCGACCGCGUCCUCGUCGGCCUCAACACCGGCGCCCUCCGCAUCUACCGCCUCAACGAGCUGCCCCCACAGAAUGGCGCUGCCGUAGCACCACCCGCCACAGAGUCCAGCGAAGCACCCUCGGCAGACACAAAUGGCAAGAGCCUGCCCUCGAGCGGUCAACAUGCCACCAAGCCGCCCGUCAAGCCCACCGACCUCCUGCGCGAAGUGGAAAAGUUCUCGACCCGUGCCGUCGAGCAGCUCGCCAUAAUAAAGGAGGCCAACACCCUCGUGUCCCUCUCAAACUACCACGUCUCCCUCCACGACCUCCAGUCCUACGAGCCCAUCGAGACCCUCUCCCGCACAAAGAAUGCCUCGUGCUUCGCCGUCACCAGUAACAUUGUCAAGGACCAGGCCACCGGCAUCCCCGAAAUCAUCAGCCGCCUCGCCGUCGCCGUAAAGCGCCGCCUGCUCAUCUGGAGCUGGCACGAGAGCGAGCUCCGCGACGACAUCACCGAGAUCGUCCUCCCCGAGUCCAUACGCACCGUCACCUGGGUCAACGCCACCAAGCUGGUAUGCGGCAUGAACGCGGGUUAUGUCCUCGUCGACGUGACCACCGCCGAGACGCAGGAGAUCUCUGGACAGGGCGCGCCGGGCGUUUCGGGCGCUCCAGCAGCCAGCAGGUUCGGAGCUGCCAGCAUGGGAUACAUGGGUCUAGGAGGGUACAUGCCCAAGCCGCUCGCGACGCGGCUGACCGAGGGCCAGAUGCUGCUGGCCAAGGACAUCAACUCGUUGUUUGUCGAUACCGAAGGAAAGCCACAGGACAAGCGGCAGAUCCCGUGGCAGAGCGCGCCAGAGAGCAUCGGGUACAGCUACCCAUACAUUCUGGCGCUGCAGGCGCCGUCGAAAGGAUCGCUGGAGGUGCGAAAUCCUGACACGCUCAGCUUGUUGCAGUCAAUCGAGCUGCCGGGUGCCGCCCAGCUACACUUUGCGCCUCCGACAGUGAGCCUCGCCCAUGCCGCAAAGGGCUUCCACGUCAGCAGCGACCGCGUGGUGUGGAAGAUGGACGCCACAGACUAUGACACGCAAGUGCAGGAGCUGGUCAGAGGGGAGAGGUUUGACGAGGCGAUUAGCAUACUGGGCAUGCUCGAAGACGCGCUCCUCAAGGACAAGACUGGUACACUGCGCGAGAUCAAGAUGCUCAAGGCAGAGAUGCUGUUCAAGCAAAAGAAGUUUCGGGAUUCUCUGGACCUCUUUAACGAGGACGACGUCCACGCGCCACCAGAAAGAGUGCUCAGGCUCUACCCGAGAUCGAUCGCGGGCGAGCUCUCCUCAGAGCCGAUUCGCGAGGAGACGCCAGAAGAGCCGGAAGAGGAGGAUGCCAAGGCUGUACCCAUCGAGGGCCAGGCCGAGAAGUCCUCCAACCCCCCGAGUAUCAUCGAAGCAGCCUCGCCAGCGAAGGGACGUGGAGGGUUCGCAAGCUACUGGAUUGGAGGCGGCCACCGUAAGACGGACUCUGACGCUGCGUCCAUCGCAUCUUCGACCCAGAAGACCGUGCCCGAGGACGACAAUGCGAGCAUCCAGGCCGCGCCCAAGCCCAAGCCCGCGGAAGAUGGCGCCAUGGACAAUAAAGAGCUCAUGACAGCAGUGCGAGAGCUCAACAGCUACCUCGCAGGCACACGCGCCCGUCUGCAACGGUACAUCGACCCAGCUACGGGCAAGCUGAAGCCGCGGAAGCCCGAGCUUGGCACGAGCCAGUCGACUGUCAGCCACGCCGACAGCCUGGACGCACUGCUCACCAACCCGCGAUCUCAAUCGGACGAGUCGCUGGAGCAGGAGCUGCGCGACACCUUCACACUAGUGGACACGACAUUAUUUAGAGGAUACAUGUUCGCCAGCCCUUCACUUGCGGGAUCGCUCUUCCGCAUCCCUAACUUCUGUGACCCGGCCGUGGUCAACGAGAAGCUCCUCGAGCACAAUCGGUACAACGAGCUCGUCGACUUCUUCUACGGCAAGAAGCUGCAUCGCGAGGCUCUCGAACUGCUCCGGAGAUUCGGCAACGAGGAGACAGCCAACGGCAAGGUCACCGUCACGAGCGCAGAGGAGGGCACAACAUCUACUUCCACCGACGGCGAUGACACUACCACAACGCCACCGCCUGAAGAGGUCGAGAUCCCCGAACAGCUCCGAGGCCCCCGGCGGACAGUAGGCUACCUGCAGUCCCUGCCGCCCGACAAGAUCGACCUGGUCCUCGAGUUCGCCGAGUGGGUCCUCCGGCGCGACCCGGACCUGGGCAUGGAGGUCUUUGUCGCGGACAGCGAGAACGCCGAAACCCUGCCGCGCGACCGGGUCGUCAAGUUUCUCGGGGACAUCAGCCCGGAGCUCGAGGCGCGAUACCUAGAGCACAUCAUCGGCGAGCUGUCGGACGGGACGCCAGACUUCCACAAUCGCCUCGUCGAGCUGCUGGUCCAGAUGCUGCGCAACGUGGAAGACCCGGAGCAGCGCGGCGACGAGUGGCAUGAGCGGCUGGGGAGUCUCGUGGCGUUCUUGAGGGAGAGCAGUCAGUAUGGGCUGUACAAGGCUCAUAACCUGCUGCCCAAGGAUGACCCCGCGUUCUACGAGGCGCAGGCUGUCGUGCUGAGCAACAUGGGCCAGCACAAGCAGGCGCUCGAGAUUUAUGUGUUCAAGAUCAAGGACUUUGCUAAAGCCGAAGAAUACUGCAACCGUAUCCAUGUCGCCGGCGAUCCGUCAUCCCCCGUUCGCUCGCGCCCGAGUACUGCCACGGGGAGCAAGGCCGGAUUCGCAGACGACGACGACUAUGACGAGGAUGAUGCCAAGCAGCAGGACGCGGCGCAGUCCAUCUACCACACCCUCCUGUCGCUCUACAUGGCGCCUCCUGCGCCGCACAAGCCCAACUUGGAGCCGGCGCUGUCACUGCUCUCCCGCCACGGUUCACGCCUCCCUGCGACCUCCACCGUUUCCCUGAUCCCCAACGAUCUACCCGUGAAGGAGCUCGAGUCGUACUUCCGGGGCCGGAUACGCGCGGCCAACAGCGUGGUCAACGAGUCACGCAUCGUCGAGGGCCUGCGCAAGACGCAGUUUGUCAACACGCAGGCCUUGUUGCUGCUCGGUGACGGCGUGCCGGGCGGCCAAGGCGGAAGGAACCGCCGGGUGGUCAUCAGUGAGGAGCGCGUGUGCAGGGUGUGCCACAAGCGGAUUGGCAACACGGUGAUCGCGGUGCUGCCGGAUAACAGCGCGGUGCAUUACGGCUGCCUGGGGAGGAGUGGCCAGCAGCAGCAGGUGGGCAAUCGGGUUGCCGGGUCGUGGGGCCGGAGUGGCUGAGCGCGGCGGUGGUCUGGCCGCAGUGUAUAUAGCGGGCUGAGAGAGACGUAGAGGUUGUGGUGAAAGACAGAUAUGCGGACGACUCGUCCCGCCAGUGAUGGUGGGUGUUCGUCGUAAUGGGUUGUGGUCGCGGGAGGAUAAGCGUAUCCAUAUAUACCCCCAAGUUUUCCUCCGCGCGCGCACAUGCCUCGUUGCUGCU